AUGGCGAUUGUAGAUCUUCCCGCAGCAGCCCUCUCCGUCUUCCCUUUCGUUCAUAUUCAUCCCACAAUUCUCCCGUCUCAGCAGGCAGAGCGACGGAGGUGCGGAGCCGUGGGAUGUCUUCCUGUCCGUGCCUGGCUUUCAUCCUGGUCUCAACGUAGGUACGGAAGAAUCCGAACACACACUUACUGUCCAGUUUCUUCAUCAUAUCCAACCAGGGAGGGUGUUGAACCAAACGAUGAAGGUCAAGUCGAAGAACAAAGUCAGUUCUUUAGUCAGUCAGCUCCCGCAGAGCCCCAAAUGGACCAGGGCUGUUUCUUCUUCGGCAAAGCACACAAAUACAGAAUAUGCCAUUGGUUGAAUUCGUACUUUAACCCCCUGCAACUAUUCCAGGGGACGCGUUACGAGCGGUGCGCCUUCGGGUUUCUUCUGUUUCACCCCCACAACCCGAGCAUCCCCAUUUCGGAAACCACCAUUCUUCUUCUUCCAGAUCUCCUCGAGCAACUAGCAAGGGCCCUGUCCAGGGGGAAGUGGGUUCUGUGUGGAGCCGGGAUGACGAAUCCCUCCCACCAUCACGACUCCAGAAUACUGAAAGGGUCAAAUUCAACUUCAAGCAAGCAUUGA